UCGAUCACCCUGUUUUUGUACCGGCCGAGUUUGUUAUGUGAUUCAAACAGGAGGCUGAAAUUUCACUUUUCAAUUCACCCCAAUUCAAAUCGCCCCCUUUCUUCCUUUCAUUCUUCUUUCCUCUUCUCUCUGUUUUCUUCAAUUCCCACUGGCCAAAAAAGUAUCCAAUUAAUUCAUCUGUUUAUCACCACAUGAAAGCGAAUAUAAUAUCGCUUAGUUAUUAUAUAGCAAAUCACCCUUUAAAGAUGCUAACUGAUUAUCAUUAAGAAAAUAAAAUAAAAACACAACUAUUUCCCUGAUUCAGAUUUUUUUCCAUUAUUGUAACAUUUCUUGCACUUGCAGUUUUCAAAAUACCGUUACAUCCACAGUCUGCCAAAAAUUGUCCUCAAAUCUUACUGAAAACAUUUCUUUCUGAAACGCACUUGUAAACUCAAAGUCAAACGAGAUGCCCAAAAUAUUCAGACCUUGGGAAGACAAUUCUGUAAAAGUUAGCCCAAAUAAUUGGCCUUUCAAACCAGAGGCAAGAUUAUGCGCAACUGAUUGUUCGCCCAAAAUCACAUCUGAAAAAACCUUGUUGAACAAUUUGGAGGAAAAUUUUCGAAACAACUCGGUUUUGAUGGAACAGAAUCACCUGAACCAACAACUCUGUGACUAUUAUAAUUUUCUUUGCCUGCAAUCACUUUCCGUGAGCAAUUCAACACUCUUUGCUACUUCUCCGAAUCACCCGAGUUACAAAAAACGAGUGAAUUUUCAUCAAAGUCUCCCGUUCGGCCUAACAGCCGAGCUAAUUUCAUCAAAUAUUGACCGCUUUCAACGUUCUAACGCGCAUCAAAACAUUAUUCUAAACAAUAACAAUAACAAUAACAGCAGCAGUAAAAACAGCAUCAACAAAGUCAACAGAGGAAAAGAUUCUCAAAUUUUGCCCAAUUUUCGUAGUCGCGAUAGCUGCAAUUGGGAAAUUAAGGAAAACAGAAGGGGGGACAUUUUGCGGACUCAUGAAAUUGCAGAGGAUCUUUGUGGAUCAGGGGGGCUGAUGGCAAGAGAAAUGAGUCAUAAUCUUCAUCAACGGGGGGAGAAGGGAAACGCCCAUGAAGACAAAACUAAGCACGGACAGUGGGAGAGGGGAGUUGCAACAAGAGGAAUUAUGGAUGGUGACGACUUGAUUUCCGGGAAAUGUGCGGCGGGGGUGCAAUAUCAGUUGCCGCAGUCGGGGGGACUACAGCAGCAGGGAGAGAAGAGAGUGUUCAGCUGUAAAGUGUGUGGAAAGACCUACAGUUCAUUAGGGGCUCUGAAGAUGCACAUAAGGACUCAUACUCUUCCUUGCAAGUGUCAUUUGUGUGGGAAGGCAUUUUCCAGACCCUGGCUGCUCCAAGGCCACAUCAGGACUCACACAGGUGAGAAGCCAUUUGUGUGCAGCCAGUGCGACAGGGCAUUUGCAGACAGGAGUAACUUAAGAGCUCAUCUGCAGACCCACGAGGACAAAAAGAGGUUCAUCUGCAAGGAGAAGGAGUGCGGCAAGAGCUUCUCACGCGCAUCCCUCCUCGACAAGCACACGUGCACUGCGAACACUUCUACAAGUGCUCACAGUGCAAUUGCUGUUGCACCGCUAAACUGCACCCUUGCUGCAUCGCCAAAUUGCGUCUUUUCACGAGAGAAUGCUCCGUAAUGUGUAAAUCAUAAGCGUCACUGCAAAA